AUGAGGCCAAUACGGCUGCCGGAACCGCCGAGUCCCACCAUGGGAGUACCGGAGAUCUUCGAAAACGGCGCAUACAGCGUCAUACGCCGCGCCGUUGUUAUCGGCAACGGAUUUCCCGGUUCAGAAAACCAGAGCCUCGGUUUAGUUCGCGCUCUUGGGCUCUCCGAUAAGCAUGUCUUAUUCAGAGUGAAGAGACCAAGAGGAGGAAUAAAUGAGUGGCUCCAUUGGCUUCCGGUUUCUCUCCACAAAAUUUUAUACUACAUCGUAAGGCGGAUAUAUAGUUAUUCGCGGUUUAUAGUUUCACGAGGGAAUAAACUUGCGCCUCUGCCCUCGGAAAAUGGUGGCAGUGUAGGCUUGUCGUCGAUUUUAGAAGCUGAUUCGAAGCAGAUUGUGAAUAUGGCUCGAGAAAGUUAUGAGAAGGAUGGCCCUUUAUUGGUAGUUGCAUCCGGCAGAGAUACUAUAUCUAUUGCAAGCUCUAUAAAACGUUUAGCAUCAGAAAAAGUUUUUCUUGUUCAGAUACAACAUCCAAGGUCAGACUUGAGUAGGUUUGACUUGGUGGUCGCACCUCAUCAUGAUUAUUAUGCUUUGACUCCUCAAGCACAGGAACAAGUUCCCCGUUUUCUUCGGAAGUGGAUAACUCCACGUGAACCUCCGGACCAGCAUGUGGUUCUUACUCUGGGAGCCUUACAUCAAGUUGAUUUUGCUGCACUGCGCAGUGCAGCUAGUACAUGGCAUGAUGAGUUUGCACCUUUGCCAAAGCCUUUACUGGUGGUUAAUAUUGGAGGGCCUACAUGUCGCUGUCGUUAUGGAACUGACCUCGCAAAGCAGUUAUCUGCCCUUUUGACUAACGUCCUUGUGAGCUGUGGGAGUGUCAGAAUAUCUUUCUCAAGUAGGACACCUGAGAAGGUUUCAAACAUAAUAAUCAAAGAACUUGCAAAUAAUCCAAAAGUUUACAUCUGGGAUGGUGAAGAGCCAAAUCCGUAUAUGGGACAUUUAGCUUGGGCAGAUGCAUUUGUUGUCACAGCAGAUUCAGUCAGUAUGAUAAGCGAGGCUUGCAGUACUGGGAAACCUGUUUACGUGAUGGGAUCUGAGCGUUGCACAUGGAAGUUGGCUGACUUCCAUAAAUCUUUGAGGGAGCGAGGAGUGGUUCGACCAUUUACAGGAUCCGAGGAUAUUUCGGAAAGCUGGAGCUAUCCUCCUUUGAAUGACACUGCUGAAGUUGCUCGUCGAGUUCAUGAAGUGCUUGCUGAAAGAGGAUUGAGAGUGCGGCCAUAA